ACAUAGAAAAAGAGUCUGUCAGGCGAAGGACUAUUCUCGAAAACUAAGCUUGGUGAGAGAAUAACUAAUUGAUGUGCUUGCUGUUAGGGAGCUCCGUCCGGUAACUUCCUAUUCAUGAUGUAGUGAAUGUGGCAUGGAUGAAGGCAAUCUCCAUUCACUUUCCGCACCUGCCUCCCUUGAACACAACUUUCGACUCAGAAGUUUCGAUUCUGAUCUCAUCCUCUCGAAUUCGCCCAAAAGGAGUUCAUUCUGUUCAUUCUGAUCUGCAAUCAGCGUCUCCUUUCCUUGAAUCAACUCUCUUCUGUCUCUGCAGCUUCCAGCAGUCAAUAUGGUGUGUGCGUUGCCGGUGACACCAAAGGUCACGAACCUUGAGAUACGAGCGGACUGGGAUGGCGAUUCCAGACACCCACUUGAUAUUAGGGUGUCUUUCGAGGUUGCUGGCACUCCAAAUGCGCUCUUACAACUCAUCGAUCUUAGGUCGCCAACGAUCGAGCUUAAGAAAGCGAUUGCAUACCGUAUAGGAUAUUCUGAGAAAUGCUACACUUACGAGCCUGAGCUUGGGUCUCCUCCAUAUUCUCCUGCCACGCCGGCCAAGACGACACCUAUAAUCGAUGUGGAUGAGGAUGAUGAUACAGACUCUGAGAGUGGACAGACGACUGUGAUCCAUUUGACCUCAGAAAGAUCAUCACCGGUGGUCGAAGAUACAUAUGACAACAGAAUGAUCGGUGGCUUGGAUGAUACAGAAGACCAGGAAGAACCAGAGGUCGAACAAGAUUCAAGGGGAAACGAGGACACCAGUCCAAAAACCAUCUCCUGCAUAGAACCAUAUUCAUGGCUGAUGGACCCCAAGAUCUUUAUUUCAGAAGACUACUUAUUCUUCCGAAACCCCAUCAAUACUCUUCCUGGGUCAUACAAGGUUAUCAUCACUGCAUCCAUCAGGAUGUCUACUAGGAAAUCAAAAGGAUGGCAUGAGCUGGUUAUAUCAGGACUUCCAAGGUUCAGGGGUGGGGAUAGUGGAUUCUUUCUCUUCCAAGUCCCGGAGGAUGUUGGAAUGGAAUUUCGUACAACGAACUUGUGCAGAUUCGACAUUGUCGAGGACUGUUUCUGUGCUGAGUUUAUUGGAGAUCUGGUUGUUCCUUUUCGCCGUUGCAAUUCCAAGUACUAUGGAACAAUCCGGAGUUUCACCGUGGACUAUGACAUCCGGGCGGAUACUGCACCUCUAGGGCAAGAUAACCUCUCGGGGAUAUCACUGACAUACUACGCUGCCUGUUCAUUAAAGACACACAAUUUCUGCUACAUGUCGCAAAAAUGCACCUUUCCUAUUCACAUCGAAGGUGGUCCUGAUGGGAAGUUCAAGUGCAAACUGCAGCCACAGCAAGUGGACGUCCCAAUUGUCCAUCUCGAGACACACAACGAACACCCUACCGGCGUAUCACAAAUCGAAGUCAUCUGUCCACCAAAAGACCUGAAACUUUUUAUUGUGACCUGGACUCUCAAACUUCCCACGAGGUCAUCGAUCUGGCUGCCUAGGAUCUAUCGGCCCCUUUGUGGGCCUUAUGGUCAUGAGGGUGACUUUCUUCGAUCCGAUAUUUCCGAAUGUCUCAUCAGUGAUCACCCAUAUCAAGAGCCUGAGAAAGAUGGAUUCAAAUAUCUAUCGGAAUUCUCCACAUACCCUGAAGUGGGUGUAAUGCUGGACCAUGACGAUCCAGAAUUGGAGGCGGUGCCGUGGCAACAACAUCCCGAUGUUAAUAUAGCGUCUUGUCCUCCGCUAGAUCUUCAUGAACAGUCACCAUCGAAGUCCGAAACGGAGGCUGCUACUGUCCAAAGAUGGGUGCUCACCAAUAUUCUAGUUCUGACGCUAAUCGCAUUACUCUUGGGUCUCAGUAUGGAUCAAUCGGCAGAUAUUAAGAGUCGUUUAGCCGUUCCUUCCUGGGCACAGAUCCGCGGAGAAGAAGGACUGGACCUUGACAGGUCUAACGGAGGAUUUUCUGUGAUAAGAGAUGGCUUAAACUGCUCUGCAGGUAGUGACACAAAAGUUGGUAAAGCGCAGAUGUCCGCAGGGAACAGAAGUCGACAUAUAACAAGCGUGUUGCCCAAUGUGGAUCCUCAUCUCUUCAACGGUAUCGGUGAGUUAGGCAGAAGAUUGCAAGCAAUUACAGACAAGACUACAGCAUCGAAAAUUCAGGAAAGUAGUGUUUCGAAAGUGGAGGUCUACAGGAACAUGUCUGGAGACGAAAGCCCAAACGUGAGACCAAGUGAGAGUCCAUCUCAAAGUUUGGAACCGAAGUCCUUGAGAGACAAGCUGGACUACUUGUUGGGAUGGAGAGGUCCAUUUGGCCGCUAGUGUAUGAUAGGACAUGCUUGCGAUCGGCGAGGCUGUCUCUGAGUUGAUGGGUCUGAGAUUUCCGGUUGAGAUUCGCAUAUUCUCUUCAUGUGUAUUCAAAUACGAGAUAUCCAGAAAUAGAAUUCAUCCGUAA